CUAUUACUAGUAUUACUAAUACCAGUACUACUACUAAUAGUAUUACUACUACUAGUCGUACUACUAUUAGUAGUACUACUACCAGUACUACUACUACUACUACUACUAGUACUAUUACUACUACUACUAGUACUAAUACUACUAGUAACACCACUACUAGUACUAUUACUAUUACUAUUAUUACUAGUACUGCUACUGCUAGUAAUAAUACUAGUAGUACUACUACUAGUUAUACUACUACGAGUAUCACUACUAAUAGUAUUAAUUAUGCUAGUACUAUUACUACAAGUAAUAAUACUACUAUUACUGGCACUCCUUGUACGACAAUUACUAAUAUUACUACUACCAGUAAUACUACUACUUGUACUAUUACUACUGGUACUACUAAUAAUUGUUCCACUACUACUAGUACUACUACUACUACUGCUACUACUAGAACUACUACUACUAGUGCUAAUACUACUAGUAGCACCACUAAUUGUACGACAACUACUAGUAUUACCACCAGUAAUACUACUACUAAUAAUAAUACUAAUGCUACUACUUCAAAUAUUUCUACUACUACUGGUAAUACUACUCCUCGUUCUACAACUACUAAUACUACUACUAUUAGUACUACUACUACUAGUACUACUAAUUCUCGUACUAAUAUUACUUUUAAUACUACUAAAACUAAUACUACUACUAUUACCAAUACUACUAGAAAUACUACUGCUAUUAUUACUAUUAUUAAUAAUAAUACUACUAGUACUACUACUACUACUAGUAAUAUCAAUACUAGUACUAGCACUCCUUGUACGACUAAUACCAUUAUUACUACUACCAUAAAUACUACUAAUAGUACUACUAUUAAUGGUAUAAUUUCUAAUAUUUCUACUAGUACUAGUAAUGCUACUACUAGUACUGAUAAUAAUAGUAUUACUACUACUAGUAUUACUACUACCAGUAAUACUAAUAAUUGUGCUAGUACUACAAGUAUUAUUACUACUAGUACUACUAAUACUAGUAAUAAUACUCCUCGCUCUACUACUACUAGUACUAUUACUACUGGUAAUACUACUACUAGUACUACAACUCCUAGUAAUAUUAAUCCUCGUUCUACUAAUACUAGUACUAAUACUACUACUACUACUAAUACUAUUAGUACUACUAAAACAG